GAUUCCGCCACGUCCAGAGAUCCGACGAGCCCCAACGUCCCCAUUUCUAAACAAACGUGUUCACACCCAAUCCGCACAGAGAGGAUCGUCGAUAAUGCGGACGGUCGUGCAUCCGAGAUGAGAAGAAUGGACAGAUAAAUUGAACACAAACAAAACAGCCAUUGGUGAAGAUACAGUGCCGAUAUUCAUUGCUAGGAAAAAUGAAAUUAAUCUAAAGCUGAUUCUUAUCGCUACUUCAAAUGCUAGUUCUCUAAACCCUAAUUCUUAAAUAAUCUAAAACUAGGUAAUAUUGAAUUAAUUGAAUAUUGGGGUUUGUGCCUAAUUAGUGUUAUUGAUAAACCUAUAUUAUGCUAUUUACAGUGAAAUCUUAUUACCUAGUGUUCAUUCACUCCAUUCUUACUGAAACAGUAUUUUUUUUUACCUAAACCUACAAGGUGAGAACAUGCGCUUAGUUAGCUUAAACAGAACAUGCAAUUACUUAAACUAUACAAACAUUCACAACAAAUAGGUGCGUGUAGUUACAUUUCCCGAGAGUCUUGGAAUCUAUCUACCCAUCAUCCUCAAGCAAACUGUGGUGAGAUUGUCUUAAUUUAUACGCUAUAUGCUAUUGAACCUUAUACUAUUUCUAUUAAUUAGGCACUAAUUGUCAGUGUAUCUCAGCUCCUAAAUAAUCACGGUGGCAAUAGCGAAUCACCAAAAGAAUUUUGUAACCGUUCCUACCGUGUAAAUUGGAAUAAAGAGUUCACGAAAUCUACAUUCGCUUACCGCCCAACAUCUUACAAAAUUCUUUUGCGGCUCUUGUAUGAUGUCCGGAAAGAGCUCGAAGACUGGAUCUGGCAAGAACAGUUCUGCCGGAACGUUCAACAACCACCGGGAAGGUGGAACGAGCGUAACAGGCGCGGCAGCGGUAAUCCCAACUCGAGUGACCGUACCAACGACCGCAGCAAGUUCUCCAGGAAACAUCUCUAUUGUCGCUGCAAGUGCAGCAGCGGUCGCGACGAGCGAAGCAAUGGGCAUAACGAACCUUGGAGUCGGUGCAUUGCGCACUGCAGCGGUAGCGGUCAACAGUUCAACGGAUCUGGUAAAGGCAGGAAACCCCCCUCCUACCACGCAGGUAAAUGCUGACGUAGCCAAUAAACUUAGUUCUAAAGGAGCGAUUCCGAAGCAAACGGCUUUGAUUGCCGAGCAGGGAAAAAGGGCAUCUCUGUCAAAUCUACGCGGAAAGGUCGUUGUCAGGCGUAACCCGUUCCGUCGCGCGCGUCCGAAUCGGUACAGAAGUUGUGAGUUGUGUGCAGAUAGUGACAAUAGCAGAAUGGUGCAGUGUGAUGGUUGCGAGAGAUGGUUCCACUUUACAUGCGUGGAAGUCACCGAAGGGAUAGCCGAAAUCAGUUGGGUUUGUCCAGUGUGCCCGGCCGCACAGUACGAGACGGAACAGUUAAUCCCUCCUAAAGACGUCCGAGCAGUGUUGCAGGCAGAUAAUCCACCCCCAAUGGACAACGGCGAAACAAAAUCAUGCGGAAAGAAGAGCAGCAAACGAAGCGAAAAACGGAAGCUAGAUUUGCGGUUGCAGAAACUUGAGGAACAGAAGAAGUUGGAGCAGAAGUUCUUGGAGGAGAAGUUCAAAAUCCUGGAGGAAUGCGAAGGUGACAGCGAGACAGAUUUCGACGACGAGGACCUCGAGAAAAUGUCCAACAUUUCGCAAUGGAUCAGAGACACAGAAGGCGGGGAAGCAGUCCAAGAUUCCGGUGUCGUCGAGGAGGACCUGCAGGAAGAGGAUAGACAUCCGUCUGUACCUACUGAACAGUCAGUACUAGUCGAACAACGACAGCCAGGCCAGCCACAUUUUUCGCAAGGUGGACAGCGAAACACAUUUCACAUUCGGGGAUUUUUUUUUAUUACCGAACAGGUUUGGGCCGAAGGGUCUCCGAUUUCAAUGAAAAUUUCACCAGAGCUAGAGGUCGUGGAUAUAUGAUCAAAUUUGGGAUUCAAAAAAAUCAUAGUGGACUAUUUUCCCGAAAAACGCUAGAUGAAAUUUCACGAUUUUCCCAAAUUUUUCAAAAUACCCCAAACUUCAAAAAAUCAUAUCUCAAAAACUAUACAUCGUAGAACAAACUUUUUUUAGUGAAAUCGACGCCAAAUUACCUCAGCAAUCCGAUAAAAAUACAUUGAGAAAAAAGUUUCUCAGAAAAUUUUUCACCAUAGAGAAAAAACGUCUAAAAAUGCUGAUAAAAGUACCGUCUGUAUCAUAGAUUAUUUUGAACAAAAUUUUUCCUAGCGCAAAAAUUAAUGUUCUUCAUUUCGUUCUUUGACGCAAAAAUGGAAUCUCUUACCGUUUUAGAGAUAUAGCCAAAAAACCAACGGCCAGUCGCUAUAUUUUCAUAGGAAGCCAUCAACAAAAGCGGCCGAUCACUUGUUGCAACAUAUUUGCUUUGCGGCGAGCAAAUGACAAACGCUAAUUUCAACGUAAUUUUGACACUCACGUGAAUCGGAGUGCACUGACAGCACAUAUAUGGUACUUUAGUGCCUUUUAAAUGCAACAACUUAUAAAAUUUUGAAAUUAAUGGAUUUGUAACUAGAAAGCGUUGCAAAUAACAAGUUUACAACGAGCAAACGCAUAUUUAAACAUAUUUUUUUUUUUUUUCAAUCAAAGCAAUCAUAUGCCGUUAGAGAUGAGUGGAUAUCAGGUAACUAUAAGGUCUCUUUACACAUGUAAAGCUUUAUUUUGUUUUUAUAGAGUUUUUGUUGCUUAAAUGAUCAUUGGUAUGUGGAUUCUUCUAUACACCAUAAAGAGACAUUUUCCACUCAAUCUAUC